AUGGCAGACACCGAGAAAAAGAAGAAAAAGAAGGCGGGGGAAGAGCUGUACAUAAAGCCGGAAGAGACUCAGAAGCCGAUUGACACGUCCAAGUGGCCGCUGCUGCUCAAGAACUACUCGAAGCUGCUGGUCAGGACGGGUCACUACACUCCUUUGCCCUUCGGAUGCUCACCGAUGACACGGCCGCUAGACGCUUACCUGCUCUACGGCAUUCUCAACUUGGACAAGCCUGUGAACCCUUCUAGCCAUGAGGUGGUCUCCUGGAUUAAGCGGAUUAUGAACUGCGAGAAGACCGGACACUCGGGCACUUUGGAUCCCAAGGUUUCCGGAUGCCUUCUCGUGUGCUUAAACCGAGCAACGCGACUCGUGAAAGCCCAGCAGUCAGCGGGCAAAGAGUGCGGCGCCUACGUGCAGCAGCACUUCUGGUGGUUGAGUCUGAGUGUGCUGAAUGCCGAAACUCAAGCGAUGCCGCGAGCUUUGCAGCACAAUACGAGGUACAUUGCCGUGGUUCGAUUCCAUUCUGACAUUGGCAGCGCGUCGAAGGUCCAGAAGGCACUGGGACUGGGAUGUGAGACAGAUGGCAGUUGUUUGGGCCUCCUGCGAGGCUGCAUUGCAGAGGGGUCUGUGGUAGGCGGUAGGCGCACAACCUCUCGCCAGUGCAGGUAUAACAACAUGAGAGACGAAAAGUACUUGCGUCGGAUCGUGAUGCCCUUGGAGCUCAUUCUCACAAACUACCCGCGGAUUGUCGUCAAGGACAGUGCCGUCAACGCCAUUUGUUACGGGGCGCAGCUCAUGAUCCCAGGGGUGCUGCGGUUCGAGCAAGAGAUUGAGGUCGGCUCGGAAAUAGUCAUGAUGACAACGAAGGGAGAGGCCAUCGCGACUGGGAUUGCCCAGAUGACUACGGCAGUCAUCGCUUCCGUGGAUCAUGGUGUUGUAGCGGUGAUAAAGCGCGUCAUUAUGGAGCGGGACACAUACAACAUGCGAUGGGGCUAUGGUCCUCGUUCAAGUGAUAAGAAGAAGCUCAUCCUUGCCGGAAAGCUGACAGAAAAGGGCAAGCCUAACGAGAACACACCGAAGGCAUGGCUCUUGGGCCAAGGAAGGUGGAGCUACCUUCCGAAGCUCACAAGCGAAGAAGCUCAGGCGGAGAUGGACGAAGCGCUCAAAGCCGCAGCCAAAGCUGGCAAGAAAAAGCGCGCAGCAGAGGCUGGUGACGUGCGGUUCGAGAGCAGUGAAGUUUUCAUAAUGCAGCGCGAAGAAUGUCUGGACAUGGAUGGCGGUACUGCUGCAGCGGAUGCAGCGGCUGCGAAGCUUCAUAAUAGUGCAACUGACACGGCUGCGCGGAGAGAUGACCAUCUGCGCUCGUUUAUCCAGGAAGAGUUUGGCAAGCAGGCUGAUUUGCUUCAGGAAUUGUCUUCUCAAAUCAGGUCUGCAGUGGAAGGAGGCGUGGCUCAGCGUGGACAUGUGCGGGAGUUUUCCUUUGCGCACCGCCCAUCUCCUUCGGCUAAGAAAGCCCCCAAAGCUGCUGGCGACGAUCCGCGUCUUGAUGAUUCUGACACACAUGCCAAGACUAGCGCUGAAGGCAAGAGGGAGCACCACAAGGAUCACAACAAGUUCUACGAGCCAGGCGACCCAUUCUGGGACGACGAGUUGCAGACGAGACUGAAUGAGCAUCAGAAAAAGGCCUUCGCGAAAGCCAGGUCUGCGACGAUGAACUCCUCGGGCCACCACGAACCUCAACCACAACCAGGAUUCUUGAGUGGUAUUGCGCACAUGGUUGUUUCCUCUAAUAUCUUCCAGGCGGGCAUCAUGCUUCUCAUCCUGAUCAACCUUGUACUUCUGGGAGUUGAGGUCGAUGUAGCUUCCACGUUGCCACCCGGUGAAGAGCCCCCGUGGUUUCAAACGGUGAAUGUGAUUAUCGUUCUCAUUUUCGUCACUGAGAUUGUCUUGAAGUUCGUCGCGCACGGAUGCAGAGACUUCUUCUGCGGUCCGGACAGGUGGUGGAACAAUUUCGAUUUGGCAAUUAUAGCUGCGUCCGUCUUCGAGACUGCUAUGGAGCUCAUUGCAUCUGCAAUAUCUGUGGGCAGCAUGGAUUCAAGCCAUUUGCGAAUAAUGCGUUUCGUGCGGCUGGGUCGAGCUCUUCGUGGAGUCCGUGUCAUGCGACUGCUUCGCUUCAUUUCUGCUCUUCGGUCGAUCGUUUUUGCGAUUCUGAGCACGUUGUGGUCGCUGGUUUGGACCCUGGUUCUGCUGAUUCUGCUCUUCUACUGCUUUGGUGUCAUCCUUGCCCAGCUCGUGUCUGACCACUGUCGAUACCAGGAUCCAUCGGAGGAGUGUUCACCAGUUCUCCGAAGGUUCUGGUCCAGCGUCCCGGAGAGCAUGCUCACCUUAUUCAUGUCCAUAACUGGUGGCCUGAGCUGGGUUGAAGCGUUGGAGCCGCUGCGAGAUGCCACUCCGAUUGCAGCGGCCUUCAUGCUCCUAUAUAUAUUUAUAACCAUCUUUGCUAUUCUGAAUGUGGUGACUGGAGUUUUCUGCAACAAUGCCAUCGAGAGCGCAAAGGCUGAUAAGGAGAUCGCUAUCAUGAAGCAAAUGCACUGGCAUCAAAGCCAGCUGCGCACCUUGAAAGGUGUGUUCCGAGAGAUCGACGCAGACACGUCGAACAUGAUCACCUUCCUCGAGCUCGAGGAGGCGCUGUCGCAAAAAAAGCUCUCGAGCUUUAUGGAAUCGAUGGACAUCUCCACACAGGAUAUCUGGACUCUGUUCAUGGUGUUGGAUGCGGAUGAAAGCGGCGAAAUUUCGCUUGAGGAGUUUGUGGAAGGCUGCAUGCAGCUUCAAGGUCCAGCGCAAAGCGUGCAGCUUGCGAGAAUGAGAUACGAAACGAAGAUCACUCGACAAGAGAUCAAAAGAGUGUUCGACGAAGUCCAAGAGUUGGGCGCCAUGCUGCAUGGUCCUUGCUGA